UUGUCUGCAGUUACGCCAUAUUGCAGUGUGUUUUAAUAUAUUACUGACCGUGAAAUAACGUACAGUUUGUGUUUCAGGAUUUUGUGUUAAUAUUGUGUAUUUUAACUUUGUUAUAUUAUUUAUUAUCUACUAUUGUAAUGAUGGAAUUUGUUAUCGUUUUGAUAUUUUGUGUGGUUCUUGUGAUUGCUGUAAUGGUAAUUGGUUCCGGGAUGGGGAAAGCUACUUCUUCGCAGCGUCAGAUGGACAUCAUUAACGUCGCUCAGAACUUAUAUGUUUUAAUUAGGAAAGGCGACUUGAAGAAAUGUGACGUUACGCAGACGACCGCGUUUCUUCUCAACAUCGCAAAGUCAACUGUUCUCAAGUACUACAAGAAAGACAUUGAAGAAGUUUCAACACCAGGAAAAAAGAGGAAAAAAAGGCCACAGGAAGGAAAGUCACUUGACACAGUCGACGAUUUCACAGUAAAUGCAAUCAGGAAUGCAAUUUACAGGAUGUACGCUGAAGGUUUGAAUGUUACAGUCGACACCAUUUUUAAAGAAAUCAGGGAAAGACAAAUAGAUUAUUAUGGUGGAAGAUCAAGUCUUCAUAAAUUGUUAAAGAAGAUGGGAUUUUCAUGGACAACUGUUGAUGGACGAAAAGCUUUGAUAGAGAAUGAAAACAUAGUAUUGCAGCGAAUAGAUUUCUUGAGAAAGUAUAAAGAAGAAAAAGAAAGAGGUGCCAAUUUCAUAUUUGUUGAUGAAACAUGGAUUUUCCAGAGAGGCAAGGCAUUAAUUUAUUUGAAAAUUUGUUCUGUGGUCCAAUACAAAGUAUUUCAUUUCCAUUUCAUAUAUUUUUCAGGAACUGUAUCAAAGUCAUGGCAGGACAAGAGUCUACAAUCUGCGAAGAGACGUACUGUUGGAGAUGGUAAAAGGUUUAUUGUUGUUAAUGCUGGAGGGCGCACUGGCUUUGUGCCAGGAGCAGGAUUACUUUUUGUUUCAGGUCAGAAGACUGCAGACUACCAUGGCGAGAUGAAUGGGGAAACUUUCUUGAUGUGGUUUGAAGACAUGUUGGUGCAUCUUGAGGAACCCAGUGUCAUCAUAAUGGACAAUGCUUCAUAUCACAGCACCCAGGUUGAGAAAACACCUACAACGAACUGGACCAAGGAUGCACUGAUCGCGUGGCUGGAGAAGAAUGAGAUAAAACAUGAAAAUAAUUUGUUGAAAGUGGAGCUGCUGAGAAUAGCUAAACAAAACAAGCCCCCAAUACGGUAUAUUAUUUCGUUUUUUUUACAGCAUUUCUUUAAAAGUGAGAUAGUUGCAAAAAAUUACGUAUACGCCUUGUUCUAACACACUUUUCAGAUAUGAGGUAGACGAGUUGGCUCGUAACUAUGGCCACGAAAUUCUACGACUCCCACCCUAUCACUGCCACUAUAAUGCAAUCGAACUUGUUUGGGCUCAAUGUAAACACCAUUACAAUAGUAACGUGGGGCGGGCCAAGAGAUUUGACAAUGAUGCAGUUGCAGCCAUCUGGAAAGAGGCUCUUGAUGCUUCCACACCAGAGAGAUGGGCGAGGUGUGUGGAUCAUGUGGAGAAGCUAAUUCAAGCAGACUGGGAGAGAGAAGUCCACAUAGACAGCGGCACCAUUCCUCCACUCAUCAUCCACCUCAGCAAGGAUAGUUCAAGUGAAGACAGUGACAGCGAAGAAUUUGAGGUUACGACACAGCAAGUAGAUGGAGACAGUGAAGUACUGGCAGUUCCUCUUGAUGAUUUACCCGGGUGUUCUUAUUGAGGUCUGUAUGUAAUAAACACCUGGGCAACUGUAAGUAUUGGGGUUUGAAACAUUUUUUUUUUCUUUUAUGCAUUCCCAUUAAGUAUGUUGACUACUGGAACUUUAUGUAUUAACUUUAUAUUACACAUAUUAUGAUAAAUUUAUAAUAAAUUUCAUUUCUGGAUUCGUAUAGGUGUAUGUGAAACAUUUUAUUUUGUUGUGUGUCUUCAUUUUUCAGUGAACUUACUUGGAAAACAAAAAGCCAGUCCCCAUCCAGGGCCACAAAUAAAUAAUGCAUAUAAGUGGUAUAGAAAUUACUGUCAAUUCUUUACCACAAUUUUACUGUUCAUAAAAUUAUGAUUUUGUCUAAUAAGUAUACUCAGGAAAAUGUAUAUAACCAUAUUUUUAUUUGUGGCCUUAACCGGCAAAAUGGUAGGGGUUUAUAAAAUAAAAGAAGAAAAUUCAUUUUUAAAUGUUUUCAUCUGAAUUUGUUAAUUUUAUUAAACCUUCAGUCUUUUCCAGAUUGCUUAGAUGGACAGCCAUAUGUAUAAUUUACAAUACUUUUUUUUUUCAGAUGCAGAAAACUGUGUUGAACUGUACUAAA